CUCUCGUCGUAUUUUUGUGGAUUGCUGUUUCAAUCGAUUCAGCCCAAAACAAUGGCUGCCAAAGGUGAAGGUCCAGCGAUCGGAAUCGAUCUAGGGACAACAUACUCUUGUGUUGGGGUAUGGCAACACGAUCGUGUUGAGAUCAUCGCUAAUGAUCAAGGGAAUAGGACCACUCCGUCUUAUGUUGCUUUCACUGAUACCGAGCGUUUGAUCGGAGAUGCGGCGAAGAACCAGGUUGCGAUGAACCCGAUCAACACCGUUUUUGAUGCCAAGCGUUUGAUUGGAAGGAGAUUUAGCGACUCCUCGGUUCAGAGCGACAUCAAACUAUGGCCAUUCAAGGUUAUUCCUGGACCUGGUGAUAAGCCGAUGAUCAUAGUAUCAUACAAGGGUGAGGAGAAGCAGUUUGCUGCAGAGGAAAUUUCUUCCAUGGUUCUCAUUAAGAUGCGUGAAAUUGCUGAGGCCUACCUUGGAUCUACGGUGAAGAACGCUGUUGUCACAGUUCCUGCCUAUUUCAAUGACUCUCAGCGUCAGGCUACAAAGGAUGCAGGAGUCAUUGCUGGUCUCAAUGUCAUGCGUAUUAUCAAUGAGCCCACGGCAGCUGCCAUUGCUUAUGGUCUUGACAAGAAGGCAACCAGUGUCGGUGAAAAGAAUGUCCUCAUAUUUGAUCUUGGUGGUGGCACUUUUGAUGUUUCCCUCCUUACCAUCGAAGAGGGUAUCUUCGAGGUCAAGUCUACAGCUGGAGACACUCACCUUGGAGGAGAGGACUUUGAUAACCGAAUGGUGAACCACUUCGUCCAAGAGUUCAAGAGGAAGCACAAGAAAGACAUUACAGGAAACCCCAGGGCCCUCAGGAGGCUGAGAACAUCUUGUGAGAGGGCGAAGAGAACUCUCUCUUCCACUGCGCAGACAACAAUUGAGAUUGAUUCUUUGUACGAGGGUGUUGACUUCUACUCUACUAUUACCCGUGCCAGAUUCGAGGAGCUCAACAUGGAUCUCUUUAGAAAGUGCAUGGAGCCUGUUGAGAAGUGUUUGAGGGAUGCCAAGAUGGACAAGAGCACCGUCCAUGAAGUUGUCUUGGUUGGUGGAUCUACUAGAAUUCCCAAGGUUCAGCAGCUCUUACAGGAUUUCUUCAACGGGAAGGAGCUCUGCAAAAACAUUAACCCUGACGAGGCUGUUGCAUAUGGUGCUGCAGUUCAGGCUGCCAUUCUCAGUGGUGAGGGCAACGAGAAGGUGCAGGAUCUAUUGCUUCUUGAUGUUACCCCUCUUUCCCUUGGUCUAGAAACAGCCGGAGGUGUCAUGACUGUGUUGAUCCCCAGGAACACCACCAUUCCAACCAAGAAAGAGCAGGUUUUCUCUACUUACUCCGACAACCAACCCGGUGUGCUGAUCCAGGUGUACGAGGGUGAGAGGACUAGAACCAGGGACAAUAACUUGCUUGGCAAGUUUGAGCUCUCUGGCAUCCCUCCUGCUCCCAGGGGUGUUCCUCAGAUUACAGUAUGCUUCGACAUUGAUGCCAAUGGUAUCUUGAAUGUGUCCGCCGAGGACAAGACGACUGGGCAGAAGAAUAAGAUCACCAUUACCAACGACAAGGGUAGAUUGUCGAAGGAGGAGAUAGAGAAAAUGGUGCAGGAUUCUGAGAAGUACAAAUCGGAGGAUGAAGAGCACAAGAAGAAAGUAGAGUCUAAGAACACCUUGGAGAAUUAUGCUUACAACAUGAGGAACACCAUUAGGGACGAGAAGAUCGGAUCUAAGCUUCCAGCAGCAGACAAGAAGAAGAUUGAAGAUGCCAUAGAACAGGCCAUCCAGUGGCUCGACAGCAACCAGCUUGCGGAGGCUGACGAGUUCGAUGACAAAAUGAAGGAGCUGGAGAGCAUCUGCAACCCCAUCAUAGCCAAGAUGUACCAAGGAGCAGGUGCUGAUAUGGACGGUGGUGUUGACGAUGAUGCGCCUCCUCCUGCAGGUGGAAGCGGUGCUGGUCCCAAGAUCGAGGAAGUCGACUAAGUUUUUCCUUU